CACAUAUGCAAGUCAGUCUCUUACUGUAACUUCAAUGUCAAGCUUGCAGGGUUACGUCGAUAGGCGAGUCCUUCUCGUACUCCAAGACGGAAGAGCUAUCGUCGGUGUCCUAGCUGGUUACGACCAAAAGUCCAAUGUCGUCCUCAGCGAUUCAAAGGAGAGGAUUUAUAGUAUCGACGAAGGCGUAGAAGAAGUAGAACUAGGUCUCUAUCUUGUCAAAGGCGAUAUGAUUGUCCUCAUCGGAGAGAUUGACGAGGCAAUGGAUCAAGCCGUAGACCUUGCCUCCAUACGUGCAGAACCAAUCCUACCCAUUCGCUAUUAGGAUGAUUUACACUUGUAAGAGCAGUUGAGGCGGGGACAGGACAGAGCGUAUAGACAGCAUGGGAGACGCGCCCACAAAAUGUAUGUCUACACAAGCACGGAAGUGGACAUGCUGAUCCCAUACGAGUGCUAUUAUAUUUAUCAACUCGUAUCAAGGUCGAUAACUAGGCCACUGUAUACAUAGCACGCCGUGCUUCCCUGCUUCCACGAUCU